AGGCCUAACCUAGCCCAGACCUAGCCUAAUAUCUUUGUCUCGUUCCUCCUCGUAGAAAAAAAAACAUCAGGGCUAAUAACAGUAGGCCUAGCCCUAGUACUAAUAAUUCUACUUUCUUCAAGAGUAAAGCGAUAAUCAUCAUGAAUCAGGCAUUUCAGCGUCCUCUUCCCCCAAAUUGGGAAGCAAAAUACGAUCAGUCCGCUGGUCGUUACUUCUUUGUCAACCAUGUCACCCGUUCUACACAAUGGAAAGAUCCACGCAUUGAUUUUUAUGGAGAUCAAUACCAGGCACCUGAAAGCAUUCCUAUGAGAGUUAUAGUGAAACCAAAAUGCUCAACAUGUCGAAUAGUUGAGGUUAAUAGUGCUGGUCAAAAUUGUGGAUCAUGUAUUGCGAAAAAGCAACAGCAGGAAAGAGAAGCUAAAGCGGCUCUAGAAAGAGAAGCAGCAAAGAAGAGACGUGAAGAGGCUGCACGAAUUGCAGCCGAACAAAGACGUCAAGCAGCAGCAGCAGCAAAAGCUAUAGUUGCAACAGAAGCAGAGAAAAGAGAAGUGAGGAGGAAAUUAGCACAAAUGUUUCCGAAUGUGUCACCCUUAAUGAUUAAUAUGUCUAUUGAGACAACAAAAUGUGACUUUAACAAAGCUGCAAAUGUGUUGAGAAUGGUUGCGGAAGAUUCACCAAAACACACUAAAGGUUCACCGAAACCUGCCAAUAGUUCUCCAAAGAAAACUUAUGAGAUAAAAGAAAUAAAGACUUCACCAAAAAAGACAACCCAGCCUGCAUUUGCUUCAGCGAGUCGUGGAGUGUCGCCAAGUGGAGUAAGUUUUGAAGUUUCACUCUCUGAUACCGUUUCAGGUACAUCUGAUAAUGCCAGCUCAUCGACAGCACGUCCAUCCACUAGUUCAAGUGUCAUUGAAUCCAGGCCAGAGAAACCAUCGCAGCCUGCAACUACUGCCAAGAAGGCUGAUAAUAGGGUGAAAUUUGCCCCAGUGGUCAUCAAGGCAGAGAAUAAGACAUUCAACUCGAAACUUGCAGUUGGACCAAAUGCUGCUCUUGUCAAAGGUUCCAAUGUUGAUCUUUUAAUUGAUAAUUACAUGAAGGAGAAAGGACCAGAUGCAGGAAUGCGUCAUGGCGCUAAUCCUGCUUACGUCUCGGGCCCCAUGGGAAACCGCACUAAUAAGGAGAAUAUUGCUGCUGGACCUGACACUUCAAACCUAAACGGACCACAAAUGUUACUCUACCAGGGGGAGCUGGAACUGCGGUUUGAAGAGUUGAUUGAGGUUAACACUAACAGUCUGUAACUAGGCAAGAUUUGCAGUAUGACGAAAUGUAUGACAAUUGUUGUUAUUGUACAGUAUAUUUGAAAUAGAAUUGAUAUAUUAUCUCUUGCGAUAUUCUUUCUAAAUACAGCAGUAAGGUCUUUUUACUGUCAAAUUAUUUUUCUUAGUUUUUUUGUAACAUUUUGUCUAUAAAUAUUCAUUGGCACUGUUUAUAAAGUUAUUUAACUAUCUAAUGCCAUGGUAUGCCUACAGUUUACAAGAUGUAUGGUAAAUUAUAACUAUUCUAACUUAAUAUAUUUGGAAUACAGUAUACUUACACAUUUUAGCAUGGAGCUAGAUAAACAUAGUAAUGAACAAAUUUGUUUAUUUAUAAUACAUCAUAGUGUAAUCAAGAAAUGGCAUUUUGCUUGUGUGUAAUAUGUCAAUCAUGUCAUGUUGGAAAUGACCUUCUACUUGUGUGUAAAAGGCCAAACAAACUCAUAUAUUUGAACAUUUUUGCAUGGUUUAGUUUAGGAAAAAUAACUAGAGGUCAAGUAACGAAGUUACAAUAAACUUGCGAUUAUGAAUAUUAUAAUGAAAUAGUUUAGGUAGUCAAGAGUAUACAGUAAUACAAAAUUGAAUAGCAUUCAAAGCUUAUGCUUAACACUGUAAAGUUCAUCUGGUGUAAGCCAGUGUGUGUGCACUCAACCAUGGAGAUUUCAGAUCUUUGAUUUGUGGUUGAAUCCCAAUCACUGCAGGUUACACAUUUUUUGCACCACCUUUUAGACAUUAAGUCCUUUGUGCAAUAUUGUGCAAUGAAUGCAAUAACCUCUUCAGAACAAAUAUAGAAGAUUAUCUCCUGGUAUAUUGGCCACUACACCACGAGACGGACUUCACUGAAAAUAAGUCUUCGGACAUUCAUGGAUUUUACCUGCCAGUGUGUCUCCCACCUGAAAAAAUAUAAUCCAUUCAGAUGACAGUUUCUUAAAGAAGUCUAAUUAUUCUUAUCCAGUUACUCAGAGUGUUUUAAAUUACUUUUUCUACAUAAAAAUUUGUAUGUUGUAGGCUGUUGCUCUUUUUCUGGGGCUUAUGCUAUAAGUAGUAUGUAUCUAUGGGUAUGUGUACACCAACCAGGGUUGUAGGUUACUAGUAAAAUAUGUCAAAUACUGUAAUAUCAUGUUUUAUUUCUGUAAAUAACUACAAUAUCUUAAAAAUUGAGGAAUGUUACUUUUAAAUCCCACAAUUUAAUAAAGACAAGAUUUAUUAAUCUUUUUUUAAUAGAUUGGCCGAGCAUAUAAAUUUCCAUAGAUUUCAAUAGAAUAUAAAAAGGGAGUUUGCAUUUAUGUGUAAAAAGUUUGUUUGUUGAAUGGAUUAUAAAACGAUUAUUAUAUAUUGAUGCUAUAACCUGCGUGAGGAAAUACUUUUAAUGUAAAACGAUAAAUAUUCAAUCAUAUAUAGUUUUUUUUAUCUUUAAUGAAGAUUUGAUCUGCAUUUUACAGACAUAAUUUAUGUUUCAUAACAGUAGGUGAUUUUAAGUCAGAUAUUUUUAAUUACUAUAUACAGUAAAACAGUUUUUUCUGUGUUUACCUACAUAGUACAUGAAUUUAAAUCAUGAUUUUUCCAAUUAUAUAUUGUAAUUAUAUACUACCUGUGUACUGUAAAUGCUACCUUUUAUAUAAUGUAUGUAAUGAUAAGGAGUGGAGCUGUAGCUUGGUGACUAGGUACUUGCCAUCCAUGGGGAGUUGAUGGAGGUGGGGAAUGAAGGUUAAAGGGGCCUUGAUGAUCAAGUGAGGGAGAGCUAAAGAAAUGGGGAUAAGCUUUUAACUUCUUGAGUGUAAAUUUGGUCAGCGAAAUUCCAGUGUGGACUCAUGGCAAGCUUUUUUCGACAGUGUAUGUAUGCACCCAAAUGCUAGGCCCAUAUAUAUCCCGCUGUCUGGGUUCAAGUCAUGACACAAACUAAAAACAACUUCACUACUUCCCAAAGCCGCAUGAUGAGUCUAUGGCUAACGUAUCUAACGCUGGGUGUACGUUAAUCUAUGGUGUAACUGGCGAGAUGUCCAGACUGGGCGAAUAAUGAACGCUAGCAUAAAUAUUCGAGCAAAAUAUUCGUAAUCACACAUUUAAUUUCCUGUAUACAUCUAGGCUUAUUGUGAUUAGAGUCAAAUCCUGGCAUACUGUAGUCCGAAAUCAUUGAUGCAUGACUGUCGUAACUUAGUGGCCUACCCUAAUCUGGGGUCUGUUGCUGGAUUAUUGUAUGCCAGUGAUUGCGUGAUAAUACUGGCCUUCACUAUGCCGCGCAAAAGUUCACACCACUCGAUGAAUGUUACGUUAGCGUAAGUCGUCGUCUGAACAUAACCUAUGUAAAUGCAACCUAAUUACGCUACUCAAUCGCGUGUAAUUUAGAUUGCAAGCAAUAUGUAAAUAUGUGCUCCUUUUUAAAAGUAUUGUUACAUUUGUUUGAAUGUUUUUGUUAGAUUAAAAUACCAAUAAAUAAAAGUA